AGCUGGAGUUUGGCUGUCACUGUCAUCACGUUCAAAGAGCCGAGGAAGGAAGUACAAUAGGGAAGUGGUUGUUCAACCCAUCCAACUUGUGUCAAUCGAGUAAACAAACAGUCGUCAACAUACACACAUACAGUACGAACCACCUCUAUUGAUAUCCUCGAAAGAGCGCUGGAUGGAUCCACUAUGAAGCCUCAAGCCUUCCUACUUAUCCUUGCUCUGUGUUUGAAACGCGUCAAUGCCUUCCAACCACUCCUCCCCCUGCCAUCAUCCUACAGGACCGACCCUCUCUCGGAACUGACAGAGAAGGCUGCAAGCGGUGCUACUCGUAGUCCAUCGGCACGUUUUGCUGAUCCAGUAGACGCUCGAGACCCAGCGCUGUCGACGAAAACGCAACAGAACUCUAGUAGUACUACAGAAUCCUCAGCUGCACCCCCUCAAUACGUCAUGCCUCCUGAUCCACAAGGCACACCAAACAUGGGUCCUCCGUUUGGGGAAUACCACUUGGCCGAUCAAGGAUGGCCCUUGAUGAUGCAAUGGGAUUGGUGGGAUACUCCAAUGGACCAAAGAUGAUAACUCAGCGAAAAAGUGAUCCUCAAGCCCAUGAAAUCGUACCGUAGUGAGCAGAAUGUACCGUAGUAUGUAACAGUAGUUAAAAUGGACCUUUCUUUCUAAUAAUUACAUCUUUUGAGCAGUUGUUUUUCUGGCUCUGUGGUCGCCAGGGCCGGGCGCUAGUUGGCUGAGCCAACCUCUUUCUCUCCCCACUCCCAGUUGCAAAAAGAAACGGACCGCUGUGCUAGGAGGAAUGGCAGCACCGGCACAAUAGCUGCAAAUA